AAAAUCUGAGCCUGUUCCUCCAACAGGAAGACUGCGAUUUGAGCCAAUGCGUCAGUUACGCGAACGAUGUGCACCAACAAAUCAAGCAGAUGCGAGUACAAGCUACAGAAAAAUUCAGCGAAAUCUUUAUUUUAGCGACUGAAGCUGCAGAAAUCAUUGAUGCUGAGCUGACUGUUCCUCGACGAGUAGGACGACAGAAAAAUCGGGACAACUACGAAGGGAGUAUUGAAGAUUACUAUCGUCGAUCAAUUUACAUUCCGUUCUUGGACAAAUACUCAGAAGAGCUCGAGUCGAGAUUUUUGGAACAUAGGAAUAUUCUCUCCAGGAUACAAAACAUCAUUCCGGAGAAAUGUGCGGACAUUGAUGUGACUGAAUUAUACGAUACUGUUCAAACCUUGAAAGAAGAAUGGCCAAAAGACAUCCCUGUAUUCACCGAAGAAUUCGAAGCAGAAAUUGAGUUGUGGAUAAGAAAAUGUUCAAAUCUUUCCAAAGAGAAGCCCAUAAAAACAUUCAUCGAAGCUUUGGACGUUUGCGAUGAAACAUUCUAUCCAACGGUAUACCGAUUUCUUCAGAUCGGUGCAACACUGCCAGUAACAGUGGCUUCGAGCGAACGGUCGUUCUCUACACUACGAAGAUUGAAGACAUAUUUACGCAAUAAGGCUGGAGAGCAAAGAUUGAAUGGAUUGGCGCUUCUGAACAUUCACCUGGAUCUGGAAGUAACCUCUGACGCAAUAUUGAGUAUAAUGGCCCAAAAACCAAGAAAGAUCGAUGUUACAUUGUGAAUUAUUCAUGAAUAAAUUAUAAAUAUUCACAUUCAAACUUAACUUACCUAACCCCCCCCCAAAAUAUUUCCUGCG